CGUUUCGUGUUUGACGUGUGUGCUGUCAAAAGUUCAAAACGCUCGCGACACGCGUACCGAUUUCGUAACGUUCUGUGCUAGUGAAUUUUAAUAUUUACCUUUAUUUAUUAAUUAAAACAGACUUGUAAUGGAUAUAAACGAUCGAAAAGUAAAUUCGCGUACGCAUUCGAUCACAAUGAAUCGUGAUUCCAAGUUUAUUUUGCGAAAAAUCAUAAUGGAUUUUGCGAUUCUGUUUUGCAUUGGCUUCCUCAUACUGUCGUUCUACCUGUGGGGCACCCCAUACAAGCGGGGCUUCUUCUGCGACGACGAGUCCCUCAAACAUCCCUACCGGGAGUCCUCCGUGACCAACCUUAUGCUGUAUAUCGUUGGCCUAUGCCUUCCAGUUGUUACGAUGUGCCUUACGGAAUGGAUCCACCUCCGAGACCACAAGAGUGGUCGUCCACGGGAACUAAUGGGUAGAGAAAUACCCACCUGGGUAUGGGAGGCCUACAGAGUGGUAGGCGUGUUCCUGUUCGGCUGCGCCUGCCAGCAGCUCACCACUGACAUCGCCAAGUACACCAUCGGAAGGCUGCGGCCGCACUUCUUUGAUAUCUGCCGACCGAACAUAAAUUGCACCGCGCCCGAGAACAAAUGGCGGUACAUCGUGGACUUCGAGUGUCUUCGCACAGACGAGCCUAAACUCAUCAAGGAGAUGCGGCUCUCGUUCCCUAGCGGGCAUUCUUCCUUCUCAGCGUAUACUAUGCUGUAUUUCUCGUUCUACCUCCACAAACGCUUCACCUGGCGCGGCUCCAAGCUGCUCCGGCACGCGAUCCAAUUUUUGCUGAUCAUGCUAGCAUGGUACACCGUCAUGACACGAGUAUCUGACUACAAACACCACUGGAGCGACGUGCUGGCCGGCUUCAGCAUCGGUCUGCUGGUCGCUAUAGUCGUGUUCACAUUCGUCUCGAACCUCCGCAAAACGCCACGCAACCGGCAACCCGUCAGCCACCACGACUCCGAGCUCCAGACCAACGGCAACACCCGCUCGGCCUCCAGCUGGCGCGUGUGACAGUCCGACGACGAGUGACCGCAGCAGGUCAUCUCCCACGAGUAUUGAACCGCAAGUGUAGCUUAAUUGAACUCUCAGGUUUAUUACAGCGCCAUUUGUGUUGGGUACUUCGAACUACGGUAACUAUAAUUGUUUGUUUACAAAUAAAACGGCAAAACCCACUCGAUUUCAAGCUAAUAAGUUUGACAGUCAGGUCAUUGGCGUUAAAAUAAAAGAAAUCUUACGAGUAUUGAACCACCGAUAAUGUAUAUUCUUCGAAGUUAGAAAAAGGCAGCUAUUGAUAUUAACGCCAUCUGUGUUCGAUACUCGGAACUACGAUACAACUUACUUAGUCAACUGAUAGAAAACAGAACUGUUAUGAAUAUAGAUUUCAAUAUUUGAUUUUAGAUUCUAUUGUACUGCGAGGUAGCUAAAUGUUUGUCUAUGGCUUAAUGCAAAUGCAUCCUAGAUUCAGUCUUUAAUAUAUCGAUAGAUGGCAGUGCUAAAAUAUCAUACGGAGGACUACAGUAAAUAUUAUUUAAAUAGAGAGUAGAUAGUACUACAAUAGUAAAAAAUAUAUUCAAAAACCUAUAAGAGUUAAUAAGUUAGUUACUUAGUUAUAACCUAUUCUAUUCAGAGUCGGUUUUUUGAACUUUUUGAAUUCAUCGCCUAGAGUUAUUUACGUCACGUAGGAUCUUUCUAAAACUUAGUUUAUCUUCAACAUAAUGUCAUCUUCAUUAGUUUUCAUAAAGGUCUUAGUGCCCUUUUGCCUUUUCGAAUAAAAAUGAUUAUUUUAAGGAACGAGUAAAAAAAUAUUAGUCAAGUAAAUUUAUCGAUUUAAUUAUAAAGAAAGUGUAUAGAAAACAUUGGUAUAGGUGUUUUAGAAAAAAAAGUACAAUUAUAAAUGUUAUUUUAAAAUAUAACUUGACUUCAUUCAGUUUUAAGGUGAUUUCUGAAGUUGGAUUGAUUUUCAGCCUUAAAAAUCGCCUUAUAAUUAUUUAAGAAUAUUAUACUACUUAAAGUUUUUCGUGCAAUGUGUUAUUUAUAUAUUUAUACACUAUUUAUUCUUAUACAAGCUUUCGUUUAGAGUUUGUAUAAAUAAUUAAAAGUACAAUUUAUUAGUUCUAAUUUUAGCGUAGCCUGUAAAUAAUUUGUUUUAAGGCAUUCUAUUUUAAUGCAUUUAUUUGUUUAAAAAAUAAAACAUGCACAGGCUCAUUUAUUUACUUUACCAUAGAUAAAUAAAUUAUAACAGACGCAUGAAGUGAAGCAACACGUUUAAGGAGUGUUGUACUUAAUCUAAUUAGAUGGCGCUGCACAGAAUUUUACAAUUGACUGACAAGAUUUUCAAGAAGUUUCCAAUGCAACACAUUCACUGCUAUCGCUACUUGCUACACGCGUAUUCGAUAACACGGUUUAUCCUGUUUGUAACGAAGAGCCCCUGAGAACAGAGAACAGUUAAUUUGUUAAACACAAAACUCAAAUGGCAAUGCAGCGCCAUCUAGUUUCGAAAACCAUUACAUGCGUCUACUGUAGUUAUUUGCUUACGAAUAUUAUAAUUGUAGAAUAAGAUACCUCUGGUCUAGAAGACUCGAGGCAUGUAUUUGAUACUGUGAUAUAGUAAUGUAAAAAUAUUGCAGACUGGUGAGCAGUGUACGCGAUAAUGUGGGAAAAAUAGUAACUGUGUGUUUUAUUGUAUUGUAAAGUUUUUUCACUAUUAUUUACGAUGAGAAAACACACUUUUUUAUUUGUAUACUGAAUUCUUCUGAUUUUUCAUAUCGUCUUAAUUUAUUAUCUAUAUUUUCAGACUUUAUUUAUUUUCAGCUUCACUCGCCAAGCUUUUUUUACGUAAACUAUUAGUCUUAAUAUCGGUAUCAGGAGUUUUCCAUAUUUUUGUUGGUACCACUUACAUAGUUCUCAGUAUAAUAAUAGUUGUGAAAAAGCUUAUUGAUUCCCACCCAUAUUAUAAACGUAAUGGUUAUAUAAUGCAAGUCUAUUUCGUACUAGUUUAGUUAGAAAGAGACAAAACUAAGCAUUUUAGAUGUAAAUUAGUUCAAAAUUGUGACUUUUGUAACGGUGGACGUAAAAACGCCAUUGUGGCCUUAAACAUAAUAAAAAUUAAAAUAUAUAUUUGGAUGAGUUCCGCUUUGUACAUACUUGUUAGUUAAGUUUUGUUAAUUUUAUUUUACAUUAAGAUGAAUUAUUUAUGUAGGUGUUAAAUAAUUUAAAUAUAGUGGUCGUUGAAAUUUGUUGGUCAUUUUAAUUGACCGAAGUUUUAUCAUCUGGAUUUCAGAUUCAUUCAUUUCAUUUAGUAUAAAGGCUCAUUAUCAAAGUAAAUUUUGCAGUCAACUAAAUUUACUGCUAUCUGUCGACAAAGGACUAAAACUCUUAGAAUGACAUAUGGCUAUUAUCAAACGGUGUCGCCAUCUAGUCGAGUAUAGGCCAAAGGUAUAUGGCCAUUUGGCCAUCUAUUCGAGCAUAAAUUUUUCUUGAUUUUUCGAGGCACGUUUUUUUCAUACUUUAUUUCUCUUAUACGGAGUUAUAUAUCUUUGGUCGAUGAGAAAGAAAUCAAAGAGUAGAGAGUUAGAACUCUUAAGUCAAAUAGCAUGAAAUAGUAAUGUCACUAGAUGACGCUUUACAAACGCCACUAGUAAAAUUAUUUGUGUGUGCAAAUCAAUUUUCUACUUUAUUAUUUUACCUGUUCAUAGCAAAGCUUUGUAAUGUGGGUAUAUAUUAGACGACGAUAUACAUACAUACUUAUAAAUAAAUACAUACUUAGAUAACAUGCAUAACUCAGGGCAAAUAUUCGCGAUGAACACACAAAUUUGCCCUUACCAGGACUCUUCGUAGGCAGCUAAAAUUUUCCAAAUUGUGAAAUUGAUGGAAACGCCUCCGAUGAAAAUCUCAACUUUUUAAAUGACCAAAAAGUUUCAUGUGACCAUUCUAGAAUUAUAGUUUUAUUGACAACUAUAUAUGUUCAAGACCCUGUAUAUUGUAUAGCAUAGCGUUUUGGCAGCGUCUCUAAAUUGUUUGUGAACGCUAGAGAUGCUAUUUUGAGUUUUACAUUAAUGAGAAGCAUAAUUUAAAAUAAAUAAAAAUAAUGAUGAUAAUAUAA